AUGUCUAUGGGGCCAGAAAUCGUCUCCUCCCAAUUUAGAUUCUGCCUUCACAAUGAGCAUCUCAAUUUCGAUUCUGCGAUGGCCUCCUUCCAUCACUGGCCACCGACCCGUGGUGAAGACAAUGAAUCAGUGAGCCGCAAACCCGAUUCUGUACACUUCAUCAAGAUAUUCUAUUUCAGAGACCAAGAUAUCCUACUGGCUGUCCCCGUCUGCAUCCUAGUUGUCCUUGCAGCAGUAGUUCAUUUGUCGAAUACUCUACUUAUGGGGAUACCGUCAUCAUUCUCGUUCUUCGACCCGUUCUCGCUCAACCCGCUGCCCAAACCAGACAAACCCAUCCAAGCCCAUGCAAUAUCACAACCCUCCAAAAAUCGUCAAACAACGAAAAACAUGCCCUAUAUCCACCCAAUCCGUCAAACACAAUCAGCCCCGAAACACACGCGCGCAAAAUCCGGGGCGAAACCCCCAAAUCGCAAGCAGAGAGAGACCAGACAAACCAUGUCGGAGGUCGAGGCGGAGGCGGAGGCGGAGGCGGAGCAUUAGUGUGUAUGUACUGCUCUUAUUCUUCCUUACUUGCCCGCUAGUCUUAUCUUAUGACUAUCUACGGAUUACACGCGACGGGCGAUAUGCGGAUCGCAUAAUAUUGCGG